AUUACGUCACCGGUACGGCAGCCUGGAAGCGCGAAGUAUCAAAAAGGCGGAUGGGCAGAGAGGAAAUGAAAGCAAGUGCUGCUGCAGGAGUGUGUUAGAUUGAGUUAAAACUGAUUUAACAUACAACAUCCAUUUCAUCUCGGAAUGAGGUGUCAUAGCACUAGCGUGCGUCAGAUCUCCAUUUCCUCUGAGCCUCAUCGCAUACUCUUUCUCAAGCUAGAGUGGGCUAAGGAUCUUGGAUCUGGCUUCAUAAUCCUUCUGUCCGAUGGUGUCUCUGCGUGGAGUGGUGAAGUUUCAGAGGAGGAUGUGUCCCGUGAAGCCCAGGAGAUCGAGAUGGAGCGAGAGCGGUAUGUUGGUGACCUGCACCUGGCGUUGACCGGAGAGGGACCGGCAGCGGAGGGGGAGUACAGCUUCCACCUGACACCUGAGAGACCCGGCAGCCCCCUGCUGCAGCUGUCUUAUGAGAAGGUGCAGAACGACAUCUCGUUCAGGCUCGGUGUGGUGGAGCUGCGGGCGGUGCCUGAGCCCACCGAAGUCAUAAGGGAGCUUAUUAGUCACAGCCUGGAGCAGAGCACACGUCUACGGGCCAAAAACCAGCACCUGCUUGAGGAGAACCAGAAGCUGAGGAAAGAACAAGAACACAUCACCAAAGAGAUGGAAAGGUACGUUCAGGGAAAGGAGACGUUGGAGAGAGACCUGUACAGUCGCUUUGUGCUGGUCCUCAAUGAGAAGAAAGCCAAACUCAGAGUCCUGCAGGAGAGAGUCAGAGAGCUAGAGGAAUCUAUAGAAGAGAAUCGACUGAGAAAGAAAAAGGCAGAUAGUGAAGACCGCGAGGCGACCGAGACUGCUGCAGAUAAAAGUCCCGGAGAAGAGAGUGAUUAUGGAGGUAGUACAGAAGACGAACAGGAGGCUGAACCCAGACGCCCUGACCCAAAGCCUCCUACACAAGAGAUGCCAGAAAGCAGCCCGAUGGACGACAGCCUAAAUGACAUCACAGAUGUGGCCCCCUGCCGCAAACGUCGCCACCGACAUCUCCAACAGCUGGAGACUCAAGCCAAACGAGCAGCGCUGGACCAGCGACAGAGAUCCAGAGAGAAGCCGACGGAAGAGGCCAAAGCUGAAACGAGCAAAACGUCAAAUGUCCAACUGAAACCAGCCACCGCUGCUGCGAACCUUGAUCCAGACGACCUGUUCGAUGAUAUAUGACCCUCUUUGGGGUCUAAUGAGCACCAUUCAUGAUAAGCAUGACUUUUGUACUGUUUUUAAGCUAUAGGAGUAAUAAAAUUAUACAUUUUUAAAGUAUUUUUACAAUGAAUUGGCUCUACAACAUGGAAGCUUGUUUUCACCAUGGAAUAAAAAUCAAAGAGUAAUUGUGAGUUUAUACUGUAUCUCAAAAUUCAGAUUUUUUUUCUCGUGACUGUGAGUUUAUAUCUCACAAUUCUGUGGGAAAAAGUCUCAAUUGUGAGAAAAAAGAUUGCAAGAUUCGCAAUUCUGACUUUUUUUCUUAGAAUUAUGAGAUCGCAAGGAAAAAAAGUCAGAAUUUAAACUCGCAAUUGCAAGAAAAAGGCAGAAUUGUGAGAUAAAUAGCCACAUUUAGCUUUUUUUAAUUGAGUUUAUAUCUCACAAUUCUGACUUUUUUCUCGCAUUUCCAAUUUUAUCUCACAAUUCUGAAAAAAGUAAGAACCGCGAGUUAUAAACUCGCAAUUGCGAGGAUAAAAAAAAGGUCAGAAUUGUGAGAUAAAAAGCCACAAUUAAAAUUUUUAAUUUUGAGUUUAUCUCACAAUUCUAACUUUUUUCUUACAAUUUCAAUUUUAUUUCACAAUUCUGAAAAAAGUAAGAACCGCGAGUUAUAAACUCGCAAUUGCGAGGAGAAAAAAAGUCAGAAUUGUGAGAUAAAAAGCUACAAUUACCUUUUUUUAAAUUGAGUUUAUAUUUCACAAUUCUGACUUUUUUCUCGCAUUUCCAAUUUUAUAUCUCACAUUUCUGAAGAAAAAAAAAGUCAGAAUCGCAAACUAUAAACUCGUAAUUGCGAGAACAAAAGUCAGAAUUGUGAGAUAAAAAGCUGCAGUUACCUUUUUUAAAUUCAGUUUAUAUUUCACAAUUCUGACUUUUUUUCGCAAUUCCAAUUUUAUAUCUCAUACUUCUGAAAAAAGUAAGAAUCGCGAGUUAGAAACUUGCAAUUGCAAGGAAAAAAGAAUUGCGAGUUUAUAUCGGAUAUGUGGUGGAAACAAGCUUAUUAAACAAUGAAAGUAAAAAAAUAUGAACACUACUUUUUAACAAUGAGAACUGAAGAAUGAAGAGGCAAAAUUAGUCCAUUUUUAACUGUAAGGUGUGAAUAAAUAUGAUCAAUGUGAAUAAAGAUUUGUUUUUUCUCAUUC